GACAACUUUCCAUUUCAGCUGAUGUCAUCAGUCCUUCCUCCAAUCAUGUGACUCCAUUCCGGGUUCUGGUCAAUAUUCUCUCAGAAGCUCUGCACAAAGGGCUCAUGAAGGAAGGCAGAUCCUCACAAAUGAACGGAUUACGACUCAUUUAUUGGCCGGCUGGAAGUGAGCAGCAGAGUUUGGCUUUUCUAAAUGAAACACUGCUUGUUUUCGCAUCUCAUUCUCCAGUAUCUCUUCAGACUCGCUCAAGGAAACGUGACUCUCCUGAGAAUAAUCAAAGAACACAAAUGCAUGAGAAACGGACCCAAUAUCCUCAUCGGCAGUCUGGCUUUAGGCGACAUUUUGCACAUCUUGAUUGGUAUACCCAUCAAUGUUUAUAAGCUGCUGGCAGUGGACUGGCCAUUUGGUGUCCUGCUCUGUAAACUGGUGCCGUUUAUUCAGAAAACCUCUGUUGGGAUAACAGUUCUGAGCCUGUGCACUCUGAGCAUAGACAGGUACCGAGUCGUCGCAUCCAGGAGUCAUAUCAAAGGUUUCAGAUUUCCCAAGUGGACCGCUAUCAAACUGUCUUUAAUAUGGACGAUAUCAACAUUACUGGCUGUUCCGGAGGCCGUCGCGUUUGAUUUGAUUACGAUGGAUUACAGAGGCGAGCAUCUGCGGAUAUGCCUCCUCCAUCCUGUACAGUCCACUCCAUUCAUGCAGUUUUAUAAAAUGGCCAAAGACUGGUGGCUCUUUGGGUUUUAUUUCAUCGUGCCGCUGGCAUGCACCGCUGUCUUUUACUCGCUGAUGACUUGGAGGAUUUUAAGCGGAAGCGUUAAGAAGUUGGACAAACACAUAAAGCAGAGACAUGAAGUGGCCUGGACAGUUUUCUGUCUGGUUCUCGUGUUUGCAGUUUGCUGGUUUCCUCUUCAUCUCAGCAGGAUCCUCAAGUUAACCAUCUAUGAUGAACACGAUCCUAACAGAUGCAACUUACUGAGCACAUUUCUUGUUCUCGACUACAUCGGCCUCAACAUGGCGUCUGUGAACUCGUGCAUCAACCCAAUGGCUCUGUAUGUGGUCAGCAAAAGAUUCAAAAAUUACUUCAAGGCCACUCUCGCCGCCGGUUGGUGUCGUUCAUCCGAAACCGUCCUCGUUCGGCAAGAGAAGCAAAGUUUCAUGAGGUCAAGGGUCACGGAGCCGCCGUCUGACAACAGCAACUCCGUCAAACAAGAGUCGGCAUCUGGAGACAAUGAGAGAACAACCUUUCUUCAGAAAUUUGCUUGUCUUAGAGCGUGA